AUGUCUGGAAUAAUUCCUCGUGUAUUUGUCGACCACGGUUUGUUUUGUUCUUCCCUUUUAAAAGUACAUGUACCUCAGCGGCGUGGUGGUCGAUGGUACACCGGAUUGUCAUCUUCAGGUUUCACACGCUUAUUGUGCAGGAUGUGAGAAUGGACAUGUCAGCACUUUGUCUGCUCCUCUGUAAGUCAAGUUGGAAAUUUAAUUCAUUUUGGUUUAUUUUCUCAAAAACAGAGAAUUUCUGCUCGAAUACUUUAGAUAUGGUUUAAAAUGUUUGAUGAUUUCAUGUCUGUUUUUGCAUCCUUCCAUGUUGUUGUUCAUUCUGCACACUUGUGCAUCUAUGUUGGGCCGUCUGUAACUGUGCGCCAAUGGUUUCCUCUUUGCAUGGUACACUUUUAACCUGCAGUUGCAGCAUUUUUUCUUGUUUGGUUUUCUCUGUCUUAGCUUUCUUGAUAAGUUGCUGAUUACAUUAGCAUGUAGUCGCACAAGAGUUGAUGUCUUGAGCACAAAACUUAAAAGUUUUACUUACCUACUUUUCUGUACUGAGUGCUUUCAAUGUAGGUCCUACACUGAAACGUUUACAUCAGGAGUACAGAGAAAUCUUUCAGACUGAAUUUGAAAAAGACAGAAGUUAGACAAAAAUAACAAAAAUUAAAUGUCUUUUUUUUUUUUUUUUUUUAAAGUUUCUUGUUUUUUAUGUUUUAGUGCUGAAUUGCCUGAACUCUGCGGCCGCCAAAGGUAAAGCCUAAAAACCAUAACAUUUAUGUUUAUGUUUUAUUUGAACUUUUGUCAAGUUUUUAACGCUCUUGUGAGGAGUUUUUGGGUGGUGAUGAAACACGCCGACAUUGAAACUGGGGCCUCUGUGUUUCCAAGAAAGGCAAAAGAGAUUUUUAGCUACGCAAGUUUUUUUCCUGACUGAAUAUGUCAACCCAGCAGUAGUUUUGAUUACAGUAUAGACAAAAAUCUUGGCUAAAACAUGCUCUCUGGUAUUUAUUCUGCGACUCCUUCCCUCUUCCAGUCUCCGUCCGUGUCUCUCCUGACAGAUCUCAGUUCUAUAAAUAUGAAAACUUCUCUGUGAGCUGUGAGGAUGAGGAGGGGGGACCUGUUACUGGAUGGAGGGUGAUGAGGAGACAGAUGGAUGAAGAGGUUUGUUUGAAGACACAUUUGGGCUUUGACUGUUUCAACACAGUAGGUGUUUUCCUCUGAUGAAAAUGAGCUGGAAUGCUGUUAGGGCCUGUGUCCACUAAAACCAAAUUAAGGGCACAUGCCCUAUAAAAUCAGAUAUAGGACCUGUGUCCACUGACAUCAGGUUAAGAGCCUGUUUCCACAGACAUCAGAUAUAGGACCUGUGUCCAGUAACAUAAAAUAAAGGGCCUGUUGACUAAAAUCAGAUAAAGAACCUGUUUCCAUUGACAUCAGAUCAAGGGCCCGUUUCCACUGACAUCAAAUAAAGGGCCUGUUUCCCCUGGCAUCAGAUAUAGGGCCUGUUUCCACUGACAUCGGAUUGAGGGCCUGUUUCCACUUACAUCAGAUAUAGGGCCUGUUUUUAAUAUCAUAAAAUAAAGGGCCUGUUUCCACGAACAUCAGAAAUAGGACCUGUUUCCACUGAAAUCAGAUAUAGGGCCUGUGUCCAAAAAUAAAAUAAAGGGCCUGUCGACUAACAUCAGAUAUUGGGCCUGUUUUCACUGACAUUGGAUUAAGGGCCUGUUUCCAUUGAUAUCAGCUAUAGGGCCUGUUUUCAAUAUCAUAAAAUAAAGCCUCUGUUGACAAACACCAGACAUAGGGCCUGUUUCCACUGGCAUCAGCUAUAGGGUCUCUGUCUAAUAACAUAAAAUAAAGGGUCCAUUUCCAUUAACAUCAGAUACAGGGCCUGUGUCCACCACCACAUACCCUGAUUUUGAAUAUUAUUCUGAACAGAGAAAAAUGACCACUUUGGAACAUCCAGUGUUUGUGCACUUGAGCCUAAAUAGCCAAUUAUUCUUACCCAUACUUCCCCAACAGGUGCAUCCAUGUCCAUCCCUCUGCCACAUAUCUGGUGGGCAACCCCGCUCUGACAGCGGAGAGUACUGGUGUCAGUCCGAACAGGGAGCGACCAGCAGCAGCGUCAACAUCUCUGUCAGCAGUAAGAUGGUGGAAUUAACACACAAACAAAUAUCAGUAAAAACUUCAAACUUGAGUAUCAAUAAUAUGUGAUAAAUAUUCAGUUGACAGUUUUUAUGAAUUUCCUUUACCUCCAGGUGGCCUCGUCCUCCUGCACAGUCCAGUACGCCCGGUGAAAGAGGGGGACAAUGUGACUUUAAGCUGCAAAUAUUUAUUCAUCCAAACAUCCAGCAUGAUCCUCCACACCGAAUUCUUCAAAGACGGCCUCCUCUUCAGGCGCAGCUCCACAGGAAACAUGACUCUUCGUAAUUUCUCCAGGUCCGAUGAAGGACUCUAUAAGUGUGCUGUCAUUGGAUCGAAUAACGAGUCUCCAGAGAGCUGGGUGGCCGUCCGAAGUGAGGACUCAUUUAUUGUUGGACGUCGUCUAAACUGAGAACUGAACUUGAACCUGAUAUUUUUUACAAACUGAUUCUUUAAUUCCAAAAAUACUCAAAUAUGAAUAAAGUAUAAUAUAAAGUGAAUGAACCUGGACUUACUGGCACCAGCAACACCUUCGUCAGCAUGUCAGUAUGUAAAAAAAAAGAGAGAUGUAAUUUCACAUUAAACUGAAUCGAUUGUUUUGCUAAUAUCUCUUCAGGAGCGCCACCUGCAGACCAGAAUCCUCCAGCCAACCUGCCGUUAUUCAUCACUCCAGUGCUCCACCUAGUGGUGGGAUGUCCCUACCUGCUGUGCACCAUCUUACUGGGGCUCAUUUACAGAGACAGAAAGAGAGGUGAGCUUUUAUUUCCGAUGUUAAAUGUUACAAUUCUCUCGUAGAAAAUUCGUGGAAAUUACGAAUUUUGAAGACACGGCCUGCUUGCCCUAACUUCUUGGGCACGUCGUACUGCGGCCAUGAAGAGAUAAUUGACUUCAGGGCAAAUGUACGACUCGGGUGUACAGCUGUCGCUAAAGUUAAUGAUUUUUUUAACAUUAACACUAGUGUGUAACGGUUGACGGACUGACAGUCGCCACCUGUGGCCAUCGAGUAUACUACACCUUUACCUUUAAGUAACAUCAGUUGGCAGUGAGUUUUUAUAUAUUUGCAGAUCUAAUAAUCACAAUAGUUUAACUCACUCAUUGGUCUUGGUAGAACUGAGGACGAAAAUGUAAUUGAAAAAAAAAAAGUUUUAUGAUUGACCACUAGGGGCGCUGUCAACACCUUUAGGUUUAUCGAGGAAGAAUUCCAUUUCCUGAUCCGUCCCGGAAACCGGAUUUGUACUGCGCAUGUGUGAAAUGUACACCACUUCCUCUACUAGCUAUCUUUGCAGCAGUUUAGCAAUUCUUUGCCCCUCGCGGUUUGCGAUAGCUUCGGCAUUAGCGAGCUCACUUCAGUCGGAAUGGAUGCUCCAGUUUACCACCAGCCACACGCUUUUCUUUCCUCCUGGACAGAGCGCUUCCCCCGACUGAAGCAGAGCGCCGGAAAGUCAAGAGAAUGGCGCCCAGUUUCACGAUUAAAGGUUCCUAUUCCAGCUUAAUUGUAAAAUUGCAACGGAGUUUACCGGGUGCCGACGCUUCCUGUGGCCCAAAAGGUCUAACCGUGGUGGGCAGGAGAUCCUCCUUCUAGCUAGCCUGUCACAUCGCUGGCUUGUUUCUGAAAUCGAUCGGUAGUUUGAAUAAAGUUUUUUAUUUGCACUUGCGCAGUUCGGAUCAGGUAGGUAGCAAUAAAAACGACUAACUGCCGUAAGAUGCAUUGAAAUACGAAGAGAGGAAGUGACCUUUGUUUCGCACAUGUGCAGUACAAAUCGGGUUCCUGGUACAGAUCGGGUAGCGACAUGCAUGACAACGCCACUUUUUAGACAAAACUGUGUCGAGUUAUUUAACAACUUUUAGAUUUUAUUUUGUGUUUUUGAAAGCUUUUAAGUAUGACAUUUUCAUCAAACUAUACUAUGACAUUUUUUGCUCAUUCUAAACUGUGACUUUUUUAUCAUACUGUACUAUAUCAAACGCUUAUUUUUUUAAGCGGGAUUGUUUUUUCCCUUAGAAAGAGCAUGGCAAGUUCUUUAACCCAACUCCAGUCUCUUGUAGAUAAGACACUUAAUGAGCGAGGUCCCAACACAUUUAGAAAAUCAACCGCAGUGGAGUCAAAAAGCACUUCAAGCCUAAAAAACACUAUCAAAGUCAAAUAGAAAAAUAAAGUUAAAUAAAAUAAAAGUGAAUUAAGAGAGUAAGAUUUCUAUUAUUUUAAAAUAUUUUUCAGCUCUGCGUGCCAAGAGAAGGAGACAAAAAUCCCUGGAAGUCAUUAUGGAGAUGCAGCAUCACAACACGGGUCAUUAUACAUGACUUUAAAGAUGAAUAUCAGGCUGACAACGAAGAGAAUCAUCAACCCAUUGAUCAUUGAUAUACACGUUUGUAUUUCCUGUACUGCAGAUAAUAUGUAUUACUGUUUUUCUUCAUUUUGUGAGUUUUGCUCUGAAUUUUCUAAAUAAAAAUAUGAUACUCAAUAACUUUGGCAUCGUCGUCUGUCACAAAGAGAGUCUGAAUCAAAUGGAAACUUUAGGGUAAGAGUGUGCCGGCUGAGCUGAGGCUCACAGUUUCCAUAGCGAUGGGUAUUUCACUGUGACAGGAAGUGCCGGUGCCUGAAGUGUUAAACCGCCUGGUUGUGGUCAAAACUGUUAAGAAAACCAUGUUCCAAAAAUAUCAAUAAAGAUGAUUAAAAAGCGAUAAUAUUACUUAACUCUGUGGUAUUUUACAGAAUCUGGUGAUGUGCGGUUUAAACAAGUUAAAAAAGUGAUUCCUCUUCAUUUAGCUGUGAGUUUGCAGUGUCACGGCUGUUAUUCAACCUCUGGUCGGACAGGAAACCACAUUCAGUUUAAGAGAUAAGCUGCUCUUCGGCCCGUCUACCGUCCCCCGGUCUGAGGGGAAGUGGUUGUCUUCACACUUCACCGGGAGUCUAAAACACUUACAAAAAUGACUUCUUUUUGUGAGCGUUCAGCAUGUUUUCUACAAUUUUCUUCUUUUUUCCCACUCAAAACUUCAGUCCAGUGAAAGUCUUGAAGAAGAGGUUGGUGGUAACAGCUAAGAAUACAAUAAUACUUUUUCAUACAAGCAAUGAUAACAAAUUUCUAUCACUUUGAAGAUAUAAAGCUAUAAGUAAAGGCACAAAUUGGAGUAAUUGUAAAUCAAAGAAUAUGAGUAACAUGAGCAAACUGUGACACAUCUCUGGCGCCCCCUCGUGGUGUUAAAUUUUUACAUGUUACCUUGUUUUGCAGAGUGUUAAGAAUUAAAAUAUAGACAUUGUUUAUCUUGUUGCUGAUGAUCUUGUUUGUUUUUGUGCGUAAUGAGGCAGCAUCUGUAUCAGUUUCACUUUAAAUUUUUCAUUUAAUUUUUGCAGUAACACGUUUUAACACAAAACAUUCUCUAGAUAACAGUUUAGGCUAAUUCUUCUCGGUAAAUGACGUGUUUUUAUUUAUUUAUUUAUUUUGUACUCACACUACCUGCUUACUGGUUUAAAUGAUCUCUUUGCCUAAUUUGAUUUUACCAUGACCCUCCAACCUUAACCCUGAUAAACAAUGUUCAGAGUGAACAUUGAACUCUGACCUAUCGCCAAGUUAACACAAAGGUACGAACAAUGGCUGUACCAAUUUUCACUCCAAUAUGGCCAAGAAUGACUGAGAUACGUCGGUUUCAAUCAAAUGCUGGUCUUUGUGAUCCUUGUUGUCGUCGUUUUCUUCCGCUUCAUCCUGGUCCGGGUCGUGGGGGCAGCAGCUUCAGGAGGGAAAGCCAGACGGCCCUCAACCCGGCCACUUCCACCAGCUCCUCCUCCGGGGGGAUUCCCAUGCGCUCCCAGGCCAGGCGAGAGAUAUAAUCCCUCAACGUGGUCCUGGGCCGGCCACGAGGUCAUGUCUGGAACACCACUAACGGGAGGCGUCCAGAAGGCAUCCUGACCAGAUGCCCCAGGCUGAGGACGGCCACCCUGCGAAGGAAGCCCUUUUCAGCCGCUUGUAUCUGCGAUCUUGUUCUUUCGGUCAUUACCCAAAGUUCAUGACCAUAGGUGAGGAUCGGCACGUAGAUCGACCGGUAAAUCCAGAGUCUCUCCUUACGGCUCAGCUCUUUCUUCACCUCUUUGUGAUCCUAACGAGCUAAAAAAAUCUCCUGUGUUGAUGUGACAAGAUAAUGGGAGAGGAUCAUGUAAACAAACACCCAAGAUUAAAGCCUUGUGGUAAGAAGAGUCUUGUUUCCAUGGUGACAGUGGUUUCAAACAGCCCUCGGAUAAACACGAGUGUUUGAUGUGUUGGGAAAUCUCAGUGACUUCGGGACGGAGAGAAGUAACGAGACACAUACCUGGUGAUUGGGUGUGUUUUUUUCGGGGAAGUGAAUAAGUAUCUGGUUUUCCCGUUGAGUUAGGCAACAGAUGGUAAAGAAAAGUGAGCUUCAAAACUGAUUCAAACUCCUGGGUAUCUAGAAAUAUCAAAUAUCAGGUAUACAACUUCAGUCGAGUCUAAAUCCUCUUUCAUCGAUCAAACGAAACUCAAGACUUCAUUCAUUAAUCCCUGUUUAAAUUAAAUCCCACAAACAUCUCAGGGAAACUCCAACAACUGACCAGAAAGUGUCUGAAAAGAAAGCCGGGAUUUGGACGUGCAGAAUUCAACCUAACACUGAGUGACCCCGAUGUGUUUCUGGUAAGCAGGGUGUUGCUGAGGCGGUUUUGUCGCUCUGUAAAUAAAGUAACCGUAAAAGAAGCGGUGAGGAUUAACUCUGUUGAAACUCUUCAACCACGACUCUGUCAGAUCUGCUCAGACAUCUCCACAGUCUAGACGUCAUCCGUCUCUUUGCCUCGCGUCUCCUCCCUCUUUUCUUCCCACUUCUUGCUCUCAGUUAUCCUUCCUUCUCUUCGCUGUGGUCAUGUCUCACAGGUUUACAUCUCUCUCAGUUAUUCUCUUCCUCUUCUUCCUCGGAGGUCAGAGCAUUGACUCGACGAAGAGUAAGUACAGUAUCUCCAUAUUCUACAUUAACCUAAAUCAUCUGUACACACGAUAAUCUGUCUUUAUAAUCCGUAGGAUAGAGGAACAGCUGUCGUAAUUUGGCUUGCGUGGAUGUUUUGGAACAGAGCCCGUCUUAAUCAUGUUUUUUUCACAGGAGCUUUCCUCCAAACAAAAGACGGAGACAAGAGAAAAACACACCUUAGACCUGUUCUCAUGAAAUAUGCAGCACAGACUGACAGAUCGGAUAGCAGCAAAGACACCUUAAACACUAACACAGCGCCUGUUGACCCGUUCGGACCCACGGCUCAACAAGCCAAGUCUUGAUCAGUUUCAGAUGGACUGGUUUCAUCUGGACUGACAUGAAUUUGUCUUCUUAACAUCGCUGUUUUAUGACGAUCAGAUGCUAAUGAGGUUCCCAAGUGCCAACCCCAGCUGAUCAUCAAUAAAGCUAUAUUCAGGAAAGGUACCUAACACCAAUUGUUCCCUCUCAUAAGGUCGGUUUCUCCCCUUCCCGAUUGAUUUCGACGUUCCGGAGAUCGAUGGUUCUGCUGUGGACGCCUGCGGGAUUUUAUCUUCUCCCUCACCUGACACCCAUGCGAUCACAACGGCAUCUUCGACAACCACAACAAAAACUACACCCCUCACAGAGAAGGUAACCCUCCUCUAGAGUUAGCUGUUUUGGGUUCUUAGACAGAUGUUUUCAUCAGCUGAUGUACUGUGGGCAGAGAGGGACUUUGUAGCCUGCCUGGAAUAUCUCCACGCUCAGCUUCUGUCAUUUUAGCGAUUGGUGUUUUACCUGUUCGGGCCCUAGUCUCUUUACCUGUUUGUAGAUAAACUGGAAAUAAGGUAGAGUUCGCGUUAUUAGGAAACCAAUAAGACUGCAGCGAUACUCUAUAAAGUAACAUCUUUAAUCUCCAGCAGGUGGCGACCACAGCCAAAAAAACAACCGUCAAAUCACCGCCAAGAAAACCAGUCAGGCCACAACCACAAUCAGCAAGACCAACCAGACCCCCCAACCCUUCCAUCAGCCUCCUGCUCUACCUCCUGACCAACAACAGACGACAUGCAGUUGGUUCUCCGCCAAGAAGAGGGCAGCUUCACAGAGGUCAGAGUUCAUCAGAGAGCGACGAACAACGUCCGAAUGUACCGAGAGCAGGAAGAGCGAAGAGAAACAGAAGGAAAAUGGGUUUAUUUUCUUCAGAGGACUCGAGUGACUAGUCUGAGAAAGAAACUGUGACGGGUGUUCAUGUUGGCUAACGGCUAAAACUUUAUCUAGUAACUGUUGAAUUGACUGCAUGUGUUUUGUAAGUUAUGAUUGAAUUCUGUGCAUUCUGAAAUAUACAUAUUUUAAUGUCAAUAUAAAGAUGGUAGCAGCUGUUUCUUUUCAAACAAAAGCAAGAAAUCUUUACCGCCAAACUGUUUCUUUAUUCCUAUCAUAUUAAAACAUGAAAACAUAUAAAUAGCUGCAAUAAAUAAAAUUUUCUCAAAAUUUUUUCUUAUAUUUAUGGAACGUUUUUACAUACAUGGUUAUUUUUCAACAUUUGUCAAAAAAUCAAGUGUAAAUUAAACAGUCUUGAACACUAAAGCUAGUGUUACAUCACUUUUGUAUGUGAUUGAAUGAACAGCAUCAGGAAAAAACUGCAAACCAAGAGUCAUCUUGGGUUUUGUUUUAGUCACGGUUUACAGUCAUUCAUAACAUUGAACAAAAAGUUAGAAGAUAAUAUUAGUACCUAAACAGUUAUGCAUGAAAAGAAGUUAUUUUUAAAUCCUUGUGGGAUAUUUCUUGUUUCAUACAGUCUUGUCUUUUCUUUGGUCUUUGUGAGUGUCUUUGGUGUUUUGUUUACCUGAAACAAACAAAAGGAAAUGUUGUUGAAUAGACUUGUCGUUGUUCCUGGGCUUCAGACGUCCUUCAUUGGUCUGAGGGAAUCAUUCCACUUAAGAAAUCAAAGACUAUGAGGAAUUUUCAACAUCGAUGAUUCACUGUGUUUGCGCAGAAUUUCAUUGGCCCACACAGAGCCUGCAGAAUAAAUGGGCGUGAUGAUUUUUUUUUUGUGUGUAUGUAGAGUGCAUACCUUGACCCAGCACUGACCUUUUGAGAUCUGGGAAAUGGAUGUUGGAUUUCUUUUUGGUCACUUUGGUGUUACUGAAGUUGCAACUCUCUGACUGGAACAAGUGCUCACAGAUCUGACUCUUCUCUGGCACCUGAAAAGGAAGGAAGUGUCAACUUUGAAAGAGCUGAUUCUUCACUGUGUUCAUACUGUGAUUAAAAGCAUGUACUGUGUUACCUGAUGACUUAGUGAUCCCGGUGAAUGGCUGGAUAAAGGCUGCUGGGUCAGUUGCCGUGGUUUGUCGGUACCCCUGCAAGACACACAAAUAAUGUUCAAACAUCUGGUAUCUAUCCCUUGUGUAGAGUUCAUAGGGUUCGGAUGGGUCUUGAGUUGUACCCAAUCACAAGAAUUUUCCAUGAUUGAUGAAUUAUUCAUCUUAGGCUUUGAAGGCGAACCCCUAACCCUAACCCUUCGCUGUGUUUAGGCCUGAGUACUUAAAUUUUCAUGCCCUAGUGCAGAACUUUAGUUAUGCCAUCUGUGAAAAGAUACCUACCUUAGGUCCUGGAGCCCAGGAUGGAAUCCUGUUCCCAUGUAGGAUGGAUUGCUGGGGGCAGAACUGAUGGUACUAACGACAGAGAUAGAGGGAACAAGGGGAGUCGCUGAUGGAGGAAGUAGUAGAGGAGUUGAAGAGGGCGGAGGGGGAGGAGGCGGUGGAGAUGAAUUCGAUACACUGAAAUUAAACUCAUUUAAAUCUGUGGUGUACAGGUUGUGGGAGAUCCUUGUCAGAACUUCCUGCUCUGGAGUUGCCACUGAGCUGAAGGAAGUGGUUGAUCCUGUGUUUGUGGUCACAUUGGUUGAGUUCUCCUUUUCUACGUUGUCUCUUUUAUGUCUUGCCCCUGUAGGAAAUACAGUUUUUUGAGUCCUGAGCAUCAUUGCUGUAGAGGAGUUGCUGUGGUUGCUGAAAGAUCCAAGCUUUGUCUCGGGUUCCCCCAUCAGAGAAUGGAGAGGUCUAAAAGAUUUCAAACUAGGUUCUUCCUGCUCAACCUUUGGGAUAUGAUCCACCGAGGACUUGUUUGAUGGACUUGUGGACAAAGAUAGUGCGAGAUCCUUUCUGUUCUCUUUAUCUGAGACUUCCAUCGCUUUAGGAAUUGUUGUUGCUUGAGGUGUUUCGGUUUUGGGGAUUUUGCUUGGCAUGGUGGUCAAUGCUCUGGACUCUGUGGUGAUCUUUGGCUUGGUGCUUUGCAGACGGUUGCUGCUGGGCUCAUGAAAUUCCAGAUCCCCUGAGUAAGUGGAAAUAUCAGAUGUCUCAAAGUUCUUUGAGGCUUUUUUGGUAACAGAGCUUCUUGUUGAGCACUCGUAGUUCCCCCUGAUGUCCUCCUCUGAGGUAUUACAACUCUUCUCCCAAGUUGUGGUUGCAAUCAAUGCCCCUCCAAGGUCCUUGGUUAUUGGGGGAUCAGGAAAAUACGUAGUGUCAUCUAGUUUAGGAUCUAAGCAUGUUCCUGUUUGGAGGGUUUCCUUCAAUAGUGUUGCAACUCUAUUUGCAGGACUUUCCUCAGUGAGAACCUUGGAGGAUUGUGCGGAAAAAUCUGAGGUAAGACUCUUCAGGGGACUGUUGGGUAAAGAUUUGUUGUCUUUGGUUACUUUGGUGCCAGGCUUUGAUAUAUUCUUUGAUGGCUUGGUAGGUGGGGGUAAGACUUUUGGAUUUUUUUGCUCUGUGUCCAGGUUCAAACUCUUGGCGUGAUGCUUUGAGGAAGUAUUUUUCUUGCAUGGCUCAGGGACGGAAGCAGUAGAUGGGCCAUCGAUGGUUGAUUUCAACGAAGGUUUCAGAGAAGAACCUUUCAUUGUUCCAUGACUAGGCGGACUUUUAGAGACUUGGAGAGCUCCUGUCUUUGAGUUGGUCUUGCUUUGGUCCUGACUUGGCUCCAGUUUGGAUGACAUCUGGGUUACCAUCAUAUUUGUCUCAACUGUACUUGACACAGUAUUGUCAGAGCAACUGGAGUUCAAGCCAGUUAGAUUUCUUUCUUUUGUCUCUUUCUUGUCUAAUUGGCCGUUCUUUGGCUCUGAUGAGGCAACUUUCCCAUUUUUAAGUUCAGCAUUCAGGGAACUGUUUUCAUCCAGACCGGUUGCAGUCUUGGAUGCAUCCAAUGAAUCAAAGGUUUGGGUUUUAGGUGGUUUAGGGAUCUCAGGUUCUUUUCUCAGCUCUGCACCAACAGCCUUUCCAGGUUUACUCCUCGUGUCGAUUUGGCCGUGGUGGCUUUUGGUCAAUUUUGAUGCAUUAUCAAUAAUUUUGGCUUCUGAUGUUUUAGAUUGUUUGGUUGACAGCUGAGGUUCCGAGGUGUUGCGAAUGCUUUUUGGCUUAGAGGGAUGUUUUCCCUUUGUUUUGGGUAACUUGUCCUCUCUUUCCUCCUUGUCACUCUUCUCCUUCGCCUUGUUGAAUUUCUCCUCCGGGGCUUCGGUUUGUUUUUUGUCUUUGCUCUUUUUGUUCUUGGCAUCCACUUCAUCUUUUUCCCGUCUCUGGGUUUUGCCUAUUUUGGGGAGGGUAGAAUUUUCUCUGUGGUCCUUUUGGAUCUUGACAUUUAGUUCAUCCAAAAACCUGUUGGGAUGACAAGUUCAAAUGAGCAAAGCUUGGCUGACACAAGGUCAAAAUUGGGUUUUACUGUGAGCACGCAGAGCUACCUGACAUCAAAUGAGUCAUGAGUGAAAAGAGUGUGCUCUAGAAGUUCUGAACACUGUGUUCUGUUUUCUGGAUCCAUCUGGAGACAUUUCUGAACGAGGAAACACAACGGUUAAACAGAUUUUAUCUUUUCAUUGUCCAAACGUGAAUUGAAAUCAUUAAAAAAAUAAUCAUUUGAAUGGUGGAAAAAAGGUUAAUGAGGGUUCUCUUCUCUGAACCAAUGAACCGGAGACACUGUACCUGUGCAACGUCCAGUGCGUUGGUUGGGAUCGAAGGGAAACGCUGCUCAAGUGGGACUGUCCCAGAACACUGAGGCAGCCUGACCCCUGAAAAGACGGGAUUCCUGUAGAAUAACUCCUGGUGAUGAGCCGUCAGGUUACCUUUUAUUGAAAAAAAUUAGAUCCUGAAGAGUACAAAGACGCUGGAAUCUGACACACCUUUAUCCAAAUCACUCGCUUACCAAAGCACUUGACAAUGUGGUAUAUUUGAUCAAGGUCUGAGUCUCCAGGAAACAGAGGCUGACCCGUUAACAUCUCCAAGAGCAGACAACCAACAGCCCACAAGUCAACAGGUCUAAACACACAAAGAAGUUCAGAUAAAUAUACAACCCAGAGAGGACAAUGUACGAUGUUCACGCCGACACUUACUUUCCAUACUUGGUGUCUCCCACCAGCAGUUCUGGGGCUCUGUACCAGCGAGUGGCCACAUAAUCCGUGUAGACACCACCAUCAGCAGGCAUCGUUAACGUCCGGGCAAAGCCGAAGUCGCACAGUUUGACCACUCCCCCUUGAGAGAUAAGAAUGUUCUCUGGUUUGAUGUCCCGGUGGAUUAUCUACGAUGAAAAAGUGGGAUUAAAACACAAACCUUUAAUAAUAUACCACCUUUUCACGGCCAUAGUAUCUACCUAACCUGAAAAUGAACCUGACUAGCUGAGACAAACCCAAAAGUCUUAGAUUUCCUGGGAGAACUCACAUUUUGCUGGUGACAAAAGGCCACAGCUCUCAGGAUCUGGUACAGGUACUGCCGGCUGGUGUUCAAGUCCAGCCCACUUUGGUUUUGCUCCAAAUCAUCCAGGAGAGUUCGCUCCACGAACUCAAACACCAAGUACCAGCGACGGCGACGCUUCCACACCUCCAGGAGGUUCACCAGGUUGUCAUGACGCAGUUGCUAGAUGGAAAGAAAGACGAGAGAAAUGAACUCAAAGGCAGAUUUAUUUGAAGUUUGACACUCAGGCUCCAGAAUAAGUCAAUCUCAAUAAUCCAGACUGGCUUCUAAAACGCCUCAAGAUCCUCCUGUGAAGGAGUGGUGCGACUCUGACUUUGUUGUGACUUUGUUUGUUCAGUGAUUGACAGGCUGCUUUUGUGUUUUCAGUCGCUCAGGUUUCAGGCUCAAAGAGGCCGCUCACUGCUCAGUUACUUAUUGAUUGAUUGGCCGAUGGACUGAUUGACAGGUACCCUCAGCAGCUUGAUUUCCCUCAGAGCGAUCUUCUUCACCGUCUUGUCAUCGUCCGAGUCCAUGAAUUUCUUGAUGGCGACGAGGCGGCCGGAGUCUUUGUGACGGCACUUCAGCACGGUGCCGUAACUGCCCUCGCCGACCAGACCCAGAGAUUCGUAACGUUCCAUGAAACUGACGAUGAAAGUUAGAAAACAAUAAACAAAAUAAACUUGAAUACUAUUUUUAUAGAGCUAAACUUGUCAUUAACAUUAGUAUGGAAUAAUGUAUAGUGAAUGGGUGGUUAUGCGGAGUAGAAUCUGGACAGGCCCUGCAGGAAUCAAAAUUUACAACACAUUAGUCUGCAUAUACUUUGACUACAAACUGAGGGUGUAUGUAAUUGCAGAGCUGCUAAAUUUCCAGAAAAUGACAAGAGUGAGACUUUAGCGUCACGAUGUGUUCGGCCGCACGGUGAUUUUUUUUUCGCCUUUUUUAGCGUUGAUUUAUACCUUAAGACUGAUGUCCUCGCUAGUCUUAAUUAACCAAAAAUUAGACAUGAAAAUUGUAAUAAUUGUAACAUUUGUCAAUAUUGCAUUACGUCGAGUGGGUUUUAAAUGUCAUGUAAAAUGUCAAUCUCAAUGUUAACGUAAAAAAAUCAUUGUUUCAGUUACUAAGUCGGAAAAAGCAAAAUCGGAGACCUGAAACAAGAUGGCUAUAUUUACGAAAGUUACUUUAGCGCUUGCCGUGUCCGAGUUCAAGGCAAGCGCUAAAGUAACUUUCGUAGACGUAGCCAUCUCGUUUCAGGCCUCUGAUUUUGCCUUUUUCCGACUUGGUAACUGAAAAUCUUGGAACUCUGGUGUUACGACAUUUUCAGCUCCGACAUCUGACUUCCGAUGUAACUCGAACGCAGCAUUAGGCACAAAGGACUGAUGGAUCGGUUAUCACGGUCAGUCAAUCAGAGUUACUCGAACUACGGCUAGCCAAGUUUAUUAUCAUGAAAAAAAUUAAUACAGAGUAUUAAAUUAGGAAGUGCGGCGUGUGGUGUGAGUGUGGGUCAAAUUGCGUGACUGUCACACUCAAAGCGUGAUGGUUGUCAGCUCUGAAACUGGCACCAAAUAUUGAUUUUUAAGUUAUUUAUACAGCUAAACCGAAUGCAGCCUAGUUACCUUCAUUUAUACAGAUGUUUAUUAAUAUUUUUGCUAAUUAAAAAUACUUGACUUAUUUUUAAGGAUAAACAAUCAAGCUCAAAGUUUAGGAUGUUAGCUUUAACCAGCCCUGACUACAACUUUAAUCAACAUUUAUGCUGGAAUUCCACUUUUAACUGAAUUUAAACAUUUUAAGUUGUCUUAUUUCAGUGGUCUUGACAUAAAAAACAACAGCACCCAUUCACACAACAUCAAUAAUACACAAUACCACCUUAAGACCGACUCUGUUCCGACGUUUUCAGGAAUAUCGGAGAAAAAGCGGGAUAAAAC